CCACCCUGCAUUGCAGUGCUCAAAACCGAACAGUCGCCAUUCAAAUUCACACAGUCGCCAGAACAGCUUUCAACCGGACAUAAACAGCGCAGUCAUGCUGUACCUCGCUUUGUUUUUCAUCUCCGCAGCCGUCGCCACCCCUCUGUUGGGGACUGAACAGUGUGCCCGUGGUCCUUCCUACUGGUGCCACAAUGUGAAGACUGCCUCUAUCUGUGGCGCCGUGGUCCACUGCCAACAGAACGUAUGGAACCAACCCCAGAUGAAAUCUGUGCCAUGUGACCUGUGUAAGGAGGUGUUGAUUGUGGUGGACCAGCUGCUGAAAGACAACGCUACUGAGGGUGAGAUCCUGGGCUACCUGGAGAAGGCCUGUGCCUUGGUUCCUGACAAGAAUCUGUCUGAAGAGUGUAAGGAGCUGGUAGACAGCUACUACCCUAUCCUUAUGGGUAUCAUCACUGGAGAACUGGAGAAUCCUCAGGUGGCUUGUGGUGCCAUGGGGCUGUGUGACUCCCAGCAGGCAGCUCUGGCCAGGCUGGCUAAGCUCAAGUCCAACCAGAUCCCCCAGCUCACGUCCAAUGAGAUCCCCCAGGUAGACCUAGCCCAGAGGGUCGCCCCCUUCCUCCUCAACGUCCCUGGGCUCCUCUACCCUCAGGCGCAGGAUAACACCAAGCAGGAACCUGCCGCGGCACAGGAGUCUGGAGACGUGUGUGAGGACUGUGUGAAGUUCAUCACAGACACUCAGGCCGAGGCGAAGAGCAACUCUACUUUUGUCAACUCUCUGAUCGAGCAGAUCCAGGACCAGUGUGACCUGCUGGGGCCUGGUAUCUCUGACCUGUGCAAGCAGUACGUCAGCCAGUACGCCCCUCUUAUCGUCCAGCAGCUGAUGUCCAUGCAACCCAAGGAUAUCUGUACCUUUGCUGGCUUCUGCUCUGCUGAUGUGAAGAGCUCUGUCCCCAUGAUGAAGCUGGUGGCUGCCAAAACUAUCCCCGCUGUCAAACUGCUUCCUGCCACUAAGAUGGAGGCUGUCAAACUGCUUCCUGCCACUAAGAUGGAGGCUGUCAAACUGCUUCCUGCCACUAAGAUGGAGGCUGUCAAGCCUGCCACGAACACGGUGCGUGCCCGUGACUCCCCUCAAUGUGCCAUGUGUGAGUUCAUGAUGAAGGAGUUGGAGAGCAUGCUGCAGGAUGAGAAAACGGAGCAAGAUGUGGUGCGUGCUGUGGAGAAGGUGUGCGCUGUGCUGCCUUCCUCCCUGUCGGUCCAGUGUAAGGACCUGAUUGAGGCCUACGGCCAGGCCAUCAUCGAGCUGCUGGUGCAGGAGGCUGACCCGAAGACUAUCUGCACCGUGUUGGGGCUCUGCAAGGACGCCAGCCGCGCCUUCAUCCCGGUGCUGAACAUGGCCCGGGUGGAGGCGGGUGGGUUCUGUGAGGUGUGUAAGGUGGCUGUGCAGUACAUCGACGGUAUCCUGGAACAGAACGCCACAGAGGCACAGAUCGAAGACGCAGUCAGGAAAGUCUGCAGCUUUGUCCCGGAGACCGUGAGGAGCGAGUGUGACCAGCUGGUUGAGCAGUAUGAGCCCAUGCUGGUUCAGCUCCUCCUGCAGAUGUUGGACCCUGACUUUGUCUGCAUGAAGUUGGGGGUCUGUCCUGAGGCAGUGCAAAGGCUUCUGGGUAUGGAGCAGUGUAGCUGGGGACCCACCUUCUGGUGCAAGGACAUGGACUCCGCGAAACGCUGCAACGCGGUGGCACAUUGCAGGCGUCACGUGUGGGAAUAGAGUGGAGAAGACCUCCCUAAACGUUCGGACCCUUUAGGAAAUUAAGGAGAAACACUAGCGCUGCUUAAGUUUUUUUUUAAAUCAAUAAAUAAAACUUUUUUUUUUUUUUCUUUAAACAUGUGGAAUUUAAUGUUUUUUUGCUCUCGUCUAAAUGAAUUUACCAGGCAGGUUUGAGAGGAGGGAGUGGAUGCCUUUUCAGUUAAUGUGGGGGAAGAGGUGGUAUUGGGGCUUCGAGAGGGAUUCUACCUACCUGACUGUUUAGUUACUGGGACAACCCGAUACUGUACUGAUUAUUUUACUAUUCCUGGGUUUGUGUAAAGCUCUCAUUAGACUUUCACAUGUUUAAGCCUUGUCCUGGACUGAAACGCACGGAUUGCUUCCUUAGUUCAAGAAACUGCCCCAUUUCAAGUAUGUGAAGCAGAUGGGUGAGAAGAUAAAUACUGCUGUAUCUGUGUGAAAGAGUGCUUGGAUUCUUCCAGUUAACUCUUAGUGGGUCCUUUUGCCCUCUAGCCUACUCGUUGCCCUACCUACCUUUUGCCCUCUAGCCUACUCUUUGCCCUACCUACCACCAUCCCUCUAGCCUACUCGUUGCCCUACCUACCACCACCCCUCUAGCCUACUCGUUGCCCUACCUACCACCAUCCCUCUAGCCUACUCGUUGCCCUACCUACCACCACCCCUCUAGCCUACUCGUUGCCCUACCUACCACCACCCCUCUAGCCUACUCGUUGCCCUACCUACCACCACCCCUCUAGCCUACUCGUUGCCCUACCUACCACCAUCCCUCUAGCCUACUCGUUGCCCUACCUACCACCAUCCCUCUAGCCUACUCUUUGCCCUACCUACCACCAUCCCUCUAGCCUACUCGUUGCCCUACCUACCACCAUCCCUCUAGCCUACUCUUUGCCCUACCUACCACCAUCCCUCUAGCCUACUCGUUGCCCUACCUACCACCAUCCCUCUAGCCUACUCGUUGCCCUACCUACCACCAUCCCUCUAGCCUACUCGUUGCCCUACCUACCACCAUCCCUCUAGCCUACUCGUUGCCCUACCUACCACCAUCCCUCUAGGCUACUCUUUGCCCUACCUACCACCAUCCCUUCCAGUGACAGUAUAUAUUUUACCUUUCUGGGAUGUUUUCUGUUUAACGAAGUCUCAUUUCCUUAAAGCAAAUUUAAAUCUCUAGUUUGUAGAAACUGUUGAAUUGUGUAGAAUACUUUAGUUUUAUUAUUAAAUUGGGUGGUUCUGAAAUGGUACCUUUUGUCCCUAAAGUAGUGCUUUUGAUAUAGGGAGGAAGGUGCCAGUUUUUUUUGUCUCGACCUUUGUACAUUUUUGUUGGCUUGUCCGUUGCCGUGGGUGACGAAUCCACUUUAGCACCAAGGGGUGUGGUCUAAAAUGUGACUCCCUGCCCUGUGUCCCUAAUGGCACCUUUGGUCCCAAUGGGCCCUGGUCAAAAGGAGUGCACUAUAAAGGGAACGAGGUGCCAUUGGGGAUGCUCAUGUGCACCCUCCCCGCCUGUUUUGCAGUGUCCCACUCAGCCAACCAAUGUGCUGACUGACCGCACCCUGUUUAUGCUAAUCAAUGUUUCUAAUGUAACGAUGGAGAGCUUGUUGUGACCAAUAAUCGCUGGCUGACGGCCUCGCUGUUCAGCCUGAAACUGAUCGAUCGGUCAAUUUUAACUGAAAUAAAAUGAUCCCAAAUCCA